AUGCCCGGCGAGAGGGGGAGAAGAUUGGCUGCAAAAGUGGCUGCGCUUGCUGGAGGCGGCAGCCUGAGCAGCACCUGCGAAUCAGCUGUGAAUGGUGGCCUGAGUGGCUCAGCUGAUCUGAUUAAGGGGCCGAGAAGGCCUGAGCGGCUGAGGCGUCGGAUCUGCCGGGCGGCAGCCCCGCAGGCGCGGCACGUUAGGCUCCGGCUCCACCUGGCCCUGCCCACGCCUUCCCAGGCCAGCAGGAGAAGCGGCGUGGUAGCAGGAGGCGAGGUUGGGCCGGGCCGGGCCCGAGCAUUGGCCCCCGGCUGGGUUUCCCACCGCUGGGCUCGGCGUUGUCUCACCGCCCUCCUCUCGUCUCCAAUGAGCGGUCGGCUUCGGCCCUUGCGCGCCCCGAGAGACUGUCUCCUCCACGGCGGAAAGCGUCUGGGGCAUCAGAGCGGCAGCCAGAGCCCGGUUGGGGUGGGGGGCGCGUUCGGGGGUGGGCCGUCCCCGCAAGUCGGUCAAGACGCAGGAGAAGGAAGGCUCUUGCGGCUGCCUGACCCCUUUGUGCUCGGCGGAGCGGCUGGGAGUGAAAGGUUGAGGUUCUCUCUCCAGAAACAUGGAGGCCAAGAUCCAUUAACUGGGCCAUUUUGCUUGUGGGGGUUUGCUGAAGAAGACUCAGCAGGUUGGCUUGGUGACUAUGCUCCCUUCGAUGACGGGUAUUCUUGGGUAUAUAAUACAGAUAGCGUUGUUAUUGCUUGAGAAUACGCGUAGUUGAGGGGAAGUUGCUUCAACUCAGUGGCAGUUUGUUCCCAUCUCUUUCUCUUCAGUCUCCUCCUCUCUUUGCCCUUCCUGUUAUAUGAUCAGCAAUCAAAUGUGUCUCCUAAUUUUCCUUGAAAGAGUCAAAUGGACUGAGAAAACAGCCAUUUCUUGGAUGGAUCCCACAGCUUCAGUACUUGUUUUUUUCUUGCCCAGAUUUCCAAGUUUCAUGUUUAUUCUGUGGUAGAUACCAUCUUAAGAUUUUGCGAAAAGACAGAGCUUUGUAAGCUUCCAAGUAAGAGUGGGAAAGAAUGUCUCUUUCUUUUAGGUUUAUGAGAGAAAGAAUGUAUUUGGGACGUUUACAUGAUAGAUAGAGUGAAUAUCUAAUUUCAUCUGAAACAAACCAAAUUGAAUCAACCCACAGAUUUUUGUUCAGCUGGCCACAGAAGCUCAGUGAUCUUUUACAAGUUGGGAAAAUUGAUCUGAAAGUAUCUGGAAAGUAUCUAUUUUGAAGAACAGGCAAACCUGGACUGAUAACUUUUAUUUCUAAGAUUCUUCUGGUAUUGAUGAAUACAUUUUGGACAGAUUUCUUCAUUAAUUUUUGAUAUAUCAUCCUAACAGAUAUUGUACUUGCUGGGGGAAAGAAAAAGGACAAUAGUCCUUAAGUCUCCAGCUUAUAUCCUUGGCUACACUUUUGUUCAGUAUGUGAGGAGAAAUUAUACAAAUGGGACUCCAAUUUACAGAAAGGGAGGUUUGCAAACUUGCCAACCAAGAACUAACUUGGACCUGCAAUUCAGAUUCCAAUUCAACUUGGAAUUUUUUAAAAAAUAGUGAGAAGGCAAGAAAGACACAAAAGGCAGAAGAAGUGAGGUGUGAUUCAGGCAAUUCACAAUGGAGUGGAAGAUUCAUUUAUUUUUGUAAAAAGGGCACAUGUAUAUGUGCACCACUUGUGUACUUCUGUCUCUCUUCCUUUCUCUUUGUCUAUUAUUAACUCUAUUUCUUUCUUUCUGUGUAUAUCUAUGUAUCAAUACAAACAAGUCCCUGUAAAGAAAAUAUAUUUGAAAUUUCAAUAUAUGUUGUUGUUAUUAUUUUCAUAAUUGUGGUAGGAUUGAAGGAUAUGUUGAAGGAUCUACACUGUCUCUGUGACAAAAUUUUUGAGGCUAUAACAAUAGGAAAUAUACCAUCACCAGUUCCAUUAUACUGAAAACUCAAGGCAUAAGUGCCUAUCAGGAGGCGGCAAUUCCUGCAUUUGUCCUAUGUGGCCUCUCAGGUGUUUUAUUUGACUUUUGUUCAUUCCACCCAAAUUAACAAGGCAAAUCAGACAGUGUCCUGUAUUAAGCUGAUUUUUUAAAUAUCUGGAUGCAAGUUUAGGACAGUAGUAACAUCCCCUAUAUGUUUUUUCUUUAAAAAGGUAGGCAAGGUGGUAGAAAGUUAGUCUCCAGAGUCUUUAGUCUUUGUUUCAAUACAAUGCAUUAUUAAAAGAAUUUUCCACCUUUGCAGUAAACAACAAAGUGAAA